AGGCUUGCUGAGGGAACCUAAAUGGGGUCAUUUGAGAGACUUGCACAGGGCUCUGAGAUUAUCCAAAAAGCCUUUGCUUUGGGGAACUCCUAGUGUUCAAAAGAUUAACAAGGACCUAGAGAUUAUAACUUUUGAGAAUCCCAAAAGUAACAUUUGCGCCGCAUUCUUGACCAACAACCACACAAAGGCACCUGCGACGAUUCAAUUCAGGGGUGUCGACUAUUACUUACCACAGAGAUCCAUCAGCAUUCUCCCUGAUUGCAAGACAGUAGUCUACAACACUGAAACGGUUGUUGCACAACAUUCUGCAAGGAAUUUCAUUCCUUCAAAGAACGGAAAGACCAACAAGUGGGAGAUAUUCCAAGAGAAUGUUCCAAACAUGAAUGAUUUGCCUGUAAAGAACAAGGAACCACUCGAGCUAUAUAGCUUAACAAAAGAUACCUCAGAUUACGCUUGGUACUGCACGAGCAUCAACUUCGAUAGGCGUGACUUACCGAUGCGGCCUGACAUCCUCCCGGUACUUCAGAUUGCGAGUCUUGGUCAUGCAUUGGCUGCAUUCGUCAAUGGCAUAUACAUAGGAUUCGGACAUGGAAACAACAUCGAAAAGAGCUUUCUAUUCCAGAAGCCCAUAAGUUUGAAACCCGGAGUUAACCAGAUCUCAAUCUUGGCCAUGACCGUCGGAUUUCCGAAUAGUGGAGCUUACAUGGAGAAGAGGUUUGCUGGACCCCGAGGUAUAACAAUCCAGGGUUUGAUGUCUGGAACUCUUGAUAUCACAAUGAACAAUUGGGGACACCAGGUUGGUAUGGCAGGAGAAAAAAUGCAGUUGUACACUGAAGAAGGCUCCCAAAAAGUUAAAUGGGGUCCAACUUCAUCGAAUGGAGCAGAUGGACCGCUCUCUUGGUACAAGACAUAUUUUGAUGCGCCAGAAGGUAACGACCCUGUGGCCAUCAAUAUGAAUAGUAUGGCAAAGGGCAUGAUCUGGGUCAACGGUAAAAGCAUUGGCCGUUAUUGGACAUCUUUCCUCUCCCCUCUCGGGAAGCCUACUCAAUCAGAGUAUCACAUUCCAAGAGCCUUCUUGAAACCAAAGAAUAAUCUCUUGGUCAUAUUUGAGGAGACCGGAGGAAAACCGGAGAAAAUUGAGAUACAAACAGUUAAUCGGAAUAUAAUUUGCAGUGUGAUAACUGAAUACCAUCCACCCCUUGUAAAAUCAUGGGAAAGGAAGGACAAUAUAUUUCGGGCAAUAGUUGACCCUGUCAAGACCGGAUCCCACCUAAGUUGCCCCGACAACAAGGUCAUGAAUGCCAUAGAAUUCGCAAGUUUUGGUGAUGCUGAUGGUGCUUGUGGUUACUUCUACCAUGGCAAAUGUAACUCUCCCAAAGCCCUCCAAGUCGUUGAACAGUAUUGCUUGGGAAAGAACGAGUGCACAAUUCCGAUUGAGAGACAACUUCUUGAUGAUCCAAGCAAGGAUUCUUGCCCUGAAAUUGCAAAAACACUAGUUAUCCAAGCAAAAUGCGGCCAUCCAGAGAAGAAGAACAACUAACUUUGUGAUAUUAAAUUGAAUGCUUGAGAGUGAAUAAGUUGGUUGAGCUUCAAGAUCGUUCUCUUCUAUUGCAAGCUAGUAGUAUAGAUACUGCAAUAGCCCUUUUUGGCUGUUUAAUAUCAUGAUUUGUAUAAUAUUUUGCUACCCCAUUUAUUGAAAUAAAAAAUCCAUGUGAUUUUUUUUUCAUGUCCCCAUA